AUGCCUUCGUCACAGUCUCCAGACCCGCAACUGAAGCCGAGGAAACGCUCGUGGUCAAAGACGCUUGCUUCUAUAUUCUUGGAUUUUUUUGAAGAUCGACACACCGAGAAAAAGUCGAUAAUUGAGCAUCAAGGGCAUCCGCGUUGUCGAAAGUUUUCGACUAAAAGGAAAAAGACCUUUCCAAAUUCAGAUCUUGCUGCUUCACCUAGUAUUACCAUCAUAUCAAUAAAUCCUCCAAAGCCUGCUGGCGGCGUUUGGGCGGAUACACAGCUUCACACAAACAUAACAGAAUCUCAACAGUUCUCAUCUAGUUUUCAAAACCCAUGGACAAAACUUUCGCCAAGACCCAUACGAGAGAACGAAACAACAGAACUAGUUGAACCGACCGAGCUUGAGGAAGAAGCCAAAGACUGGCUUGCUUCCUUGGCGACCGAAAAUCAAGCCCGUAGAAGAUCCGAACCAAGCUCUCGCUGCCAGUCGACACCUACGAGAAAGUCUCGCUCAGAUUCACUGAGCAGUCCGUCACCUGCAUUACUUCCCCUUUCACCGGAUGUCACCAGGAGGUCGCGUUCGGGGUCUCUGAGUCGCUUAACACCACCCAAAAUGAGUCCCAUGUCUCCCGAUUCACCACAGAAGGCAUCCAAUGCAUUAGGAGGAGUGAUACCAAGCUCCACCCUAAUGGUCCCUGAGCUUGGGUCGAGAGGUCGAAAGUUCCGGGGUAAAUCUCCGUGCAGCAUAUACUUUCAAAAGGCCAGUGUUGUUCCGACAAAAUCGGAAGCGGAAAGGUGGUUAUGUUUUGAGUAUCGGAAAGGACAUGAAAUCCCCAAACACCGAGCCAUCCAUGUAGCCUUUCUAUUUAGCAGCAAAUCAUCUUGUUAUCAUACAAGCAGGAAAAUCAAAUUCUUGGUUGUGCUCAACCAGGAUCAUGCACCCACUUGA